GCGGGGCUGGGAGCUGGCCGCUCUCACUCAGCCGGCGGCAGCGGACCUGGUGGCACCGUUUCCUUAGCACCGAGAGCAGCCUCCCCCGCACAGAGUCUCCGCCAUGGAAGAGGAAAUCGCCGCUCUCGUUAUUGACAAUGGCUCCGGUAUGUGCAAGGCCGGGUUCGCCGGGGACGACGCUCCCCGCGCCGUGUUCCCCUCCAUCGUCGGUCGCCCCCGGCACCAGGGCGUGAUGGUGGGUAUGGGGCAGAAGGACAGCUACGUGGGGGAUGAAGCGCAGAGCAAGAGGGGGAUCCUCACCCUGAAGUACCCCAUCGAGCACGGCAUCGUUACCAACUGGGAUGACAUGGAGAAGAUCUGGCACCACACCUUCUACAACGAGCUGCGUGUGGCUCCCGAGGAGCACCCUGUGCUGCUUACAGAGGCUCCCCUCAACCCUAAGGCAAACAGAGAGAAGAUGACGCAGAUCAUGUUUGAGACCUUUAACACCCCAGCCAUGUAUGUGGCCAUCCAGGCUGUGCUGUCUCUGUAUGCCUCUGGCCGUACCACUGGUAUUGUUAUGGACUCUGGGGACGGUGUCACCCACACUGUGCCCAUCUACGAGGGUUAUGCUCUGCCCCACGCCAUCCUGCGUCUGGACUUGGCUGGCCGUGACCUGACAGACUACCUCAUGAAGAUCCUGACAGAAAGAGGCUACAGCUUCACCACCACAGCUGAAAGGGAAAUUGUCCGUGACAUAAAGGAGAAGCUGUGCUAUGUUGCCCUGGACUUCGAGCAGGAGAUGGCCACUGCUGCCUCUUCCUCCUCCCUGGAGAAGAGCUAUGAGCUGCCUGAUGGCCAGGUCAUCACCAUAGGCAAUGAAAGGUUCCGGUGUCCAGAAGCCCUCUUCCAGCCUUCCUUCCUGGGCAUGGAGUCCUGUGGCAUUCAUGAGACCACUUUCAACUCUAUCAUGAAGUGCGAUGUGGACAUCAGGAAGGACCUGUAUGCCAACACGGUGUUGUCUGGUGGUACCACCAUGUACCCUGGCAUCGCUGACAGGAUGCAGAAGGAGAUCACAGCCUUGGCACCCAGCACGAUGAAGAUCAAGAUCAUUGCUCCUCCUGAACGCAAAUACUCCGUCUGGAUCGGUGGCUCCAUCCUGGCCUCACUCUCCACCUUCCAGCAGAUGUGGAUCAGCAAGCAGGAAUAUGAUGAGUCCGGCCCCUCCAUUGUCCACCGUAAAUGCUUCUAAACGGACUGCCGGCGGGCACGCAGCCCGGCCGUGCCCAGGGUGCCCGCCGCUCGAGUCGUCUCACUCUAGUGUAUGUUUGCCCAGGCAAAUCGAGACACCUCAUGCUAGCCUCAUCAAACUGGAAUAAGCCUUCUGUCAAAAGAAACUUGCCCUUGGAAAGUCUGUACCUGAUGUUAGACCAAUGUCAGCACUGGAUGGUCGAGCUGUCACUUGAUGAUUUUUUUGUUUUGUUUUAUUUUUCCCCCUUUUUUUUUUUUGACCUUAUUUGUUGAAGUUUUAAGCAUUUUCUUGAGCAAAAUACCCUGUACAGCUCCACUCCCGGCCCUGGGGGAGAGAGCCUGGGCCAAGCAGGGCCCUCCUGUGAGCUCCUGACACUGACAGUGGCCUGUCCGUCUCUGUGCCGGGCUGGGACCGGUGUGUACAGGGUAUUUGGGGAGUCAGACUUCACCGUGCAUCCAGUGUGGAGUAUUCCAGGUUUUCCUUGUCGAGGCUGGUAGGAGUCCAUCAAGAAUUCACUUCUGUCGUUGCCGUUCUAGCAAGGUUGGGG